AUGUUCGGGUGCCAAUCGCCGAGCGCGUCGUCACGGGCCGCGUCGGCGUCGUCUCCCUCGCCGGCUUCCGGCGAAACCCCCUGGGGCAGCGCUCGUCGCCGGGAGCCCUGUGCGUCGCCGAAGUUGCCUUCUUUGUCUCCUGAGCCGCGCCCGUUCAAGGAUGGCGACGACCUCGAGACGUCAGACGACGCGACACUCGCUGCGACGUCUCCGAGAGCGGCGGCGAGAGAAGGAAAGAAGGAUGGCAAGAAAUCCCGAGCGUCGCCCGCUUCACCGCCUCCGGCGCCUUCAGUGGCCGUACAAGAGAAAAGGAGGGGGGCGAAGAAGAGCGCCAGCGUCGCGAGCGGCAAGCGACAGGCAGACAGUUGCGCCGAGCGCGCGCCAGCGUCCCUUGGAGAGAAUGGAGAAGAGAAACAGAAACAGGCGCCUCUCUCAGCGUGUCCCUGCUGCAGCGAGGCGCGCGGGUCCUCCACAGCGGGCAUCUCCUCUGCGUCUGUGUCUCAAGACUCUGCUUCGCCUUCGCUUUCUCUCGCACUCAUCGACGCCUCUCUAGACGAAGGGCUGCGCCUUCAGGCCAUGAGACGGCAGUCGCUGUCGCCGACGACAGCCAGGCUGCUGCGAAGAGGCGAGAGAGCGGAGCUGAAUCUCCGCGCGUUCCACGUCAUCACGACCCCCACGGGGCUUCUCCCGUGGACUGGAGGGGAUGAACAUGAGGAAGACAGGUUUCGAGGCCCAGAAGAGAGCUCUGUGCGCCAAGAGGAGGGCAGCAAGCGUCGAGGAGGGAAGCGAGCCAAAGGCGAAGAUGCGGGGGCAGACCCUGACGAAGGAGCGCAACGCAGGAAGGCCGAGACGGCAACCUCAGGAGAAGACACACGAAGCAGCCGACUCGGCGACGAAGAGAGCCAGGAAGACGUGAAAGGGGGACGGACGCAAGGCUGCAGCCGAAACGACAGCACGUGCGAGGAGCUUGAGACGCAGGACGCCUUGGAGAGGGCAAGCGGCGAACUGACAACGCCGCAGGAAGCUGAAACCGUCCCUUCUGCCAAAGGCGAGGGGCCUGGUUCAGGCGCAGGUCCCCACAGCGCCUCAGGGACACAAGCGACGCGAGAAGGGAGCUGUGCUGAACAAGACGCAGCCCGCUUGCAGGUCGCGACCGGAGAUGAGCAAGACGUUGGCAAGGAGCGUACUGGAAACGGCGUAGAGCAGGCUCCGUCCUCGUUCCCUAGCUCUCCUCUCCCAUCUUCUCUUUCUUCGUCGCCUUCACCUGCUUCUCCGCCUGCCUCGCCAUGUUUGUGUUCCAGUGCAGCUCCGGACACGAUGGAAGAAAUUAGCUUCUCGCUUGAGGCGCUGUGGCAAUCGUUCGAGGACGCGAGUGUAUACGGUCUCGAGAUCCCGUUCCUGGAUGCACACGACAACCUCUCCUACGUCGUUUACAUUCCCUAUAUCUCCGCGCUGCAUCUGUACCCCGCCGCGUCUCCGCCUUCGCCCUCGCUGACUCCUCUGCUGCCUGAGGCUCAAGUGCCGCCUCUGCCUCCCGCAGCUGUCUCCGAGCAGGGGACACCUGUCUCCUCGCGCGGCUGGAGCCGGACGCAGGUCCAGGGCGAGCCCGCGGCGGCUGCGUCGGGAGCAGGAGGGGCGAAGGGUUCCGACAGCCGGAAGGAGCGGAAAACGGGCGCGGAGGACGCAAGGAAGAAUGAAGCAAAGAAGAAGGAGAGCGAUCCUUUGCCUCUGAGUCUUCCCGUCGAAGUGCGGCGAACAGCCCCUGCUGGCGCACCGCGCCCUGCGACCGCCCCGAGCUUCAAGUAUAUGGAGGUUCGACUUCUCUACCAGCGCCGGCCUCUGUACCAGCAAAUCGAGAGACUGCUGCAAGGUGAAGAGGUCAUGCAGAGCCAGUUGCUCAAUCUCCUCGUCGCCCAGUCGCAUGAGCUCAACCAGGACAUUUCAUGGCUGUGCAUCUACUGGCAAGCGGUCCAGCGGGACUUCAGCAUGACGCCGGCUCCCUCGUACUUGGUGUAUUACCGCCUGCGCGCGACGCGGGAGCACCGAGGUGAGCGGUUCACGUUGCGUCGCUUCGCCACGGUCCCCUCGCGGCUGGACCUCCCGUUUCUGAUAAAGAAUCACGCGCCUCUGCGUGCGUCGUCGUUUGCCGGCGAAGACGAAACGGUGCAGAAGUCCCCGCUGGCCUCGUCCGUUCGAGAGAUCGCCGAGCAGCGGGUGAAACUCGCGGGCAAGGCGGCCUCUGUGGAGCGCGUAUCCUGCGAAGACGAAGAGGCCUCGAGCCGGGUCGACCCGGCUCGAGGCCCGCGGGAAGGAGACCGCGACGAGGCGAAUGGCGAGCGCCGAGAGCGAGAGGAGCGAGAAGAGGUGGAUCGCGCAGAGCGGGCUGCAACCGAGUUCACAAACAAGAUGGAAAACGAAGUCGCGAAAGUGACUGAGUGGCUCCGCGAGCUGAGACUUAACCACCCAGACUUCGAGCACAUCAAGGCGAGAGGCCUCGGCAAGCUCCCGCCACCCUCCAGAGGCCCCGGAGCGUGA